AUGGCAGACUUUCUUGUUCCGUCGUCAGCAUCUCCAGAGACAGAUGCCCAACAUCGGCUUAGGGGCCCCAUCCAUGCACAGCGACAUGUUCGCGUAAUCUGCAUUGGAGCUGGUGCUUCUGGUCUUCUCAUGGCAUACAAGCUGCAAAAGCAUUUUACAAACUACAGCCUUCAAGUUUAUGAGAAGAACUCAGAAGUAUCAGGAACGUGGUUUGAAAACCGUUAUCCUGGGUGCGCAUGCGACGUCCCAUCACAUAACUACACAUGGUCCUUCGAGCCCAAACUUGACUGGUCAGCUGUGUACGCUAGCUCGAAAGAAAUCUUCGCAUACUUCAACGAUUUUGCGCGAAAGUACGGUCUGCACAAAUAUGUCAAGACGCGGCAUCAAGUCGGCGGCGCAAUUUGGAACAAAUCAAAGGGCGGUUAUGACGUGCAAAUCAAGGAUCUGGAAAGUGGUCAGAUCGUGAAUGAUCAUUGCGAUAUUCUUGUCAACGCGGGAGGCAUUUUGAACAACUGGCAAUGGCCCGCAAUUCCAGGUAUUGACAAGUACAAAGGCACACUGCUGCACACUGCAAAUUGGGACGACAGUAUCGACCUGACCGGUCGUAACGUAGGCUUGAUUGGCAAUGGCUCAUCUGGUAUCCAAGUUCUUCCCACAAUCCAGCCUUACGUGAAGAAAGUCACGACUUUCAUCCGCGAACCGACGUGGGUCUCACCAGUGCAAGGCCUCGAGCAACACAUCUUCUCAGAGCACGAGAAAUACGAGUUUGCCACCAAGCCUGGUGCAUUGAGCGAAUACCGAAGGAACAUCGAGCGCGGUUUGAAUGGUCAAUUUGGCAUCUUCCUGAAAGACAGCAACGUCAACAGCGAGACUGAAGCAUACUUUCGCCAGCAAAUGACUGAGAAGCUGCGCAACCCUUACCUUGAGGAGAAGCUGAUACCGAACUGGCAUGUUGGUUGCCGGCGUCUUACACCUGGUGUUGGCUACUUAGAAGCUCUCGGCAAAGACAACGUUGAGACUGUAUACGGAGAAAUCAACGAGAUCACCGAGCGGGGCUGCCGCUGCGACAACGGGCAAGAAUACCCUGUAGACGUUCUCAUCUGCGCCACUGGCUUCAACACUUCCUUCAAACCGCGCUUCCCGGUCGUAAAUGCUGAAGGCAAAAACCUACAAGACGUCUGGGGCAAAGAGCCUCGCUCCUACCUUGGCCUUGCUGCCGCCGACUUCCCUAACUAUCUCAUUUUCCUCGGGCCUAACUGUCCAAUUGGCAACGGACCGGUCUUGAGUGCGAUUGAAUGCCAGGCAGAUUACAUGUGCAAACUCAUCGACCGCUUCCAAACACACAACAUCUCAAGCUUCGCGCCAAAAGCCGAGGCGGUCGAUGACUUCCUCGCCUACAAGGACGAAUACAUGAAGCGCACCGUGUGGCACGACCCAUGUCGCUCAUGGUACAAGAGCCUGGGCGCUGAUGGCCCAGUGACUGCGCUGUGGCCUGGAUCGACACUGCACUACAUCGAGGCGCUCAUGGAAUUGCGACUUGAAGACUGGGAAGUCACAUAUGCUGGCAAUCGCUUCGCGUGGCUGGGCAACGGGUACAGUCAGACCGAGAUUGAUCCCACUGCAGAUUGGGCAUUCUAUAUCCGCGAACGCGAUGACGACGAGCCAAUCUCUAGAUUGAGGAAGCUGCAGCUUUUGAAUAAGAGUGGAACAGUCGCGCCCAGUGCUGGUGUCAACUUCACUGGCGCGGUCAAUGAGAGUUCGGGGCAGGCGAAGCUGUAA